GCGGUCAGGGGCUCAGCUCCAGGCCUGUGCCGCCCGACUCCCAGCUAAUCGGUCGGUCGCGACCCCCGCGGCGUGUGCGACGUCUCCCCAGCGGUCCAGGAGCGCCCAGGGCUGGGCGGGGGCAGGUCGGUCCCGCCCUUAGACCCAGUCUCCCCAGGCCCCUAUGCUUUAGAGUAGCCAGCUCUGGUCGCCUCCGGCCACGCCCGGAACCAAGCAGCCAUGGGCACCCGGGGCGGGCACCCUUCCAGACCUCGCUCCAGUACAGGCACCCCGGAAUCCCCAGGUCAACCAAUCCCGAGGGCCCAGGGUUUUGGAGGGGGAUGGGUGAUAGAACUCGGGCAUCCACGUCCGUGUUCGACACCCUCAUGGCACCAGACGAGAAAAAGAAAGCUGGCUGGGACCAGGUCCCCCGCGUGGCCCCAAAAGCCGGGCCUGACCUUGACGGGGCCGCAGCAUGGUCGCAGUGGCCGGGGGGCAGUCACUUCAUGGGCUACCUGCGGGGACCCGAGUGACCGGGGCAUAGCAAGGAGGGUUGGGGGGGCAUUUGCCCCUGGGCGCAAGUCCAGGGGGAGGCAGGGGCGCAAACUUAAGACAUUGACCCUGAAAGCUCGUUACACAACUGGUGAGAGAAAACUACAAACAUAAGGGGUCCUUCCACCAAGGGUCAGGGAAGGGGCCCCCAAAGCGGGACCCGGGGCAAGAGAGAGCAGAGGGGACCGGGAACGGGUAGGGGGAACAUGAGACAGACCCACAGCCGUGGGGAGGAGAGUGCCUAGAUUCUCGGGGCAACGCGAUGACAUUUCUGUUCCCAAAAGCUCUCAUGGGCUGCCCUGGGAUAAGGGUUGAGGGGGAGGGGAGAGCAGGAGGAGGAAGUGAGGGGGUGCCGGCAUUCAAAAGGGGUUGCCAGGCUGGAGCAGCAAAAAAAAAAAACCCUCCCUCAUCCUCUGCUCCCUCCCUGCUACACCGGAGACCCCCAGCACCACCGGACACUGGUGCCAGGGCCCCUAAAAAAGUGUCCUACCCUACGCGACAGCUGCUGGCCACACAUAGCUGAGAGGUGGACAGGCCCUGGGAGGCUGUCACCCCAAGUAGCGGAGAGGGGCGCUGGUGCCACCUCCGUGGGUGGUGUCACAGGAGGCCACAACCAUGCGAGUGUCCCCAAGACCACCGGCAGCCUUAAAUCCCUGGGGCUGGCCCCUUCCUACCCCACAUCUCUCUCAGACCUGGAAAGCAGGGGUAGCAACAGCCGAGAGAGGGGUCCCGGCAGGAGAGCGUCCCCUACAGAACCAAGGGGCUCCAAACGGCCCCCGCUUAUGGUGGCCACUGAAAACCAACAGGUCCUGGGGGACCUCAGCCUGGGAGAUGGGCCCUGGUUAGAGAAGAGGGGCUGCUGGCUUCAGAUGGGCCCACGCGCCCCAGGGCGCAGGGACUCUUGUGGCCAUCUUGCAGGGUGGAGACAGAAGGCAAGGGACCACCCCUCGGGUUUGCCCUGCACUUCGCUCACUUCCCCUUUUGGGGCGCCAGGCCCGGCUCCCCGCCUCCGCCCCCUCCACUUUGCAGGGAGCAGGUUGAAAGAGGCGGGCGCGUGCAGCCGCAGGGAACACAGCUGCCGCACGUAGCCGGCUCACGUGGCCGCUCCCCGCCAGGGACGGGGGCCCGGACCAGGGUCGUCUAGGCGGCCUGGGCGCCCGCCAGCCCCGCCCCCGCCGGCCGCCCCGGAUUGCACUGCGCACAUGGGUGGUGCGCGCACGUGGGUGGUGGGCGCAGGACGCACAGGCGUCACCCCGGGCCUGCUUAAUGCUAGGCCCCGCCAGCCACAGUGCCCUCGCUGGGAGGCGCGAGUAUGUGACACUUUGGGACGCAAGAGGGCGGGGCCCCAGGUGGUGGGACAGGGUGCCAUUGAGGAAGCCGCAGCUGGAGCUGAGUGGGCGGGGCCGCGGUGAACUUGACCCUCUGACUCAGGCUGUGCCCGGGUGAGCUCAGGACAGCGGGGCCGCCUGGCGAAGCACUCAGGGAAAUGGAGGCCACAUGGUCCUGGGAGCUUGGUCCCGCCAUUGGGGGACGCCUCUGCCUGCUUGGCCUUAAUGGCGGGAGCGUGCAAUACCUCCAGGGGCAGGGCCAGCGGGCUGGGCAAGGGGUGGGCUGCCAAGGGUGGACUCCACUGGGGGACACAGGAAAUGAAGAGCCCCCCCCCCCCCGCGCUGCUCAGGGCGCAGCAGACACCUACAAAAGCACGGGGAAGGCUGGGGCUGCUGCCGAUGGGUGCCGGGGGAGGUGGGUGCCAGGGGAGGACCUCGCACCCAGCCGGCAGUCGUGGAGAGCUACCUGCUGGAGCUGGCACCUAAGCAGGUCUCCAAGAGCACAAAGAGAAAUCCAGAAGACUCAGCAGAAAGGGCCAAAGGUUGACUGGGGCACCCUGGGGAGCAGGGCAGAGCCAGGCCCCCCACCCCCCAGCCUUCCUGAUGGCUGUGCAAAGGCACUAGGGCCAGCCUCGGGGGGCCUCAUCUCAUCUUCCCCAUCCCCCAUAGCUUCAAAUGCCACCCAGGCCGUGGCCACCUCCAAACCUAUCUUCCACCCCAGCCUCCCCAGGCCCGCGGAAUCCAAACCAGUUAUCCGGCCCUUUGUUUCCUCACUCCCCCAGCAAGCUUCCCCUUUUCAGCCCACUGUUCAGUUCCCACCAAAAGCUGAGGACAGUCUCCCCCGCUAUCUCUGGCCUCCCACCUUCCCACAGCAAAUCCUGCCAGCCACCCCACGCCCCCAGUGUGCUGGGACUGGUCCUAUAGUCCAGCAGCUUCCAGAGAUGCAAGCGGAAGGCCCCCAACACCCUCUGCCCUGCUCCAAGCCUCCUAGGGCUCCCACCCUGCUCUGGGUCAAAGCUGAAGCUGCUCCCCGCCCCACCUUCCUCACUGGCUUCUCAGAGCCCUCUUCCCUCACUGUUUUCUGCUCAGCAUCUUCCCCCAGUAAGGUUUCCUUGGUCCCCAUGGUGGGCCCCUCACUCCUUCAUGGCUGUCCCCUUAAUCAGCACUUCCUGGUUCUUGUCUUGGGUUUGCUAUCUGAGCCCCCCACCCACACCCCAACUAUCAGCUCUGAGGACUGGUGCUCUGCUCACAGCUGGGUCCCCAGCAUGGGGCCUGGAGUGCAGUAGAUGCCUAAUACUUGUGUGGAACAGUUAACAGUCCUGGACAACCAAGCCCUGACUACCCAUAGAAGUGAUGACAACUGAUGUGGGGUGCUAGGUCUGUGUGUUCAGCCCCCUGCCCCCGUAGGGAUCACUGCUACCCCCAUUCAUUUAAAAUUGGGGCAGUACAACCCACCUGCAGGCCCACGUCCCAGCUCACCCCCCCCAACUGGCAUCUUCCCUGGGGGCUGUCUGGGGGGAAGGGGGUACCACUCCCAGAAGACCCUUGGAGCAUGUGUGUUGGGUUCCCUCUGUUCUGGAAAGAUCUCUGGACCAGGACGGCCCACCCAGCGCUGGUAUCAUUCACCAACUCCUGGCCUGCCUAGGCCACCUUUAUCAGGGAGCCUAGGAGGCAAGGGACAGGGACGGAGGUGGUUAUCACCCCCGCAAUGUUGAAGGACCUACACCCACUGGCUAGAGGGAGCAGGAGCCCUCUCCCCACCCUGGGGACAGGCACCCCACCCACUGGGAGGGGCGCUGGGGAGAGGAGGUAGGCAGCAGUCUUUGGGUACUGGCCAGAGGCCGACAUGCCACCCCCACCCCCUUCCACUCCUAUUGGACCUGGCACUGCCCCCCCAGAUAAGCCACCAGUAUGUCCCCCAUCCUGUGCCCCUCGCCCUGACCCUCAGGGAGCUAACAGCCUCUGCCUGGGGAUAAUGGGGGCUUGGCCCUGAAGGGGGGCAGCUGUCUCCCCCUCCAGGCCUCAGUUUCCCCAUCUGCCUCUCCUCCCAGGUUUCAUCUCCUCCUGUACCCCUGCAUCCUGGGACUUCUCCCUCUGACCCAAUUCGGGGGUCUGCCCACCCCUGUCCCUCCCAGAAGUGGGCAGACCUACCCUCCUCAAGGCCUCCACCAGGAUCCCAUAAUCCCUUCUCCAUAAACGGAUUUUCCUCUGCAAAGCCAAGCCUCCCCCUCCCCACCCCCACCUGCCCUUGGGAUUAAGUGGAACCCUUCACCUGCUCUGCCCCCUCCCCACCUCAUCCUCAAGCCCCAGGCACACUGCACCACCCAGAGCCUCUUAGCCUUCAGCAUGUGGUUCCCCCGCUCCUGAGACACACCCUUCCCUGCCCUACCCCUGCUGCUUCAGGUGUGUCAGGGACCUCCCUUCCUCCAGGUAGCCUCCCCUCCCCCGUUUUUGUGAGUCCCGGGGGAAUAGGGACUGAGUCUGCUCAUCGUUGGGGUCCCUGGUGCCUUCCACAGCUAUAAAACACAAAGUAGGUGCUCAGUGUUUCUCAGGCUUAAGUAAAUGGGAGUUUAGACCAGACCAGAGGUUCCCACCAGAGGUGACUCUGCCCCCAGAGGUCACUUGGUGAUGUCUGAGGACAUCUGUGUUUGUCAGGACUGGAAGUGGGUUCUCCUGGCAUCAAGUGGGUGGUUACCAGGGAUGCUGCUCAACACCCUACAGUGCACAAGAUAACCCCACCCUAGACAAGGAUCUGGCCCCCAUGUCAGCAGGGCCAAGGUGGAGAGACUCAGCACUAAAAUACUGCUCCUCACAGCCCUCCCAGGCCUGACCCCUUCUCUGGAUGAGGGUGUCAGAGACAUCCAGAAGGUGCAGGGAAGGCCGUGUGCCAGGCACUGGGGGGACAUGGGGGGGGGUGUCCAGAGAUGAAAACAGUUCAAGAGCAGAAAGGAGACAGCCAGCCUCUCUCCUCCCGCCCCCGCCCCAUCUCCAAGCUCACACACUCCGUAUCCACGGCAACGGCAUCAACAUCUCCCGCAGCUUCCAAAGUCCUUUCCCGCCCCACGCAGGAGAGCACCGGCUGGGCCAGGAGCUGUACGGCUGGGCCAGGAGCUGUACGCUAGACAUGGGGGUGCCAGGUGUAUCUUUGGAGCCCCCCUCCCCUCCCACUUGCAGCUAGGUGCCCCUGUGAAAAUCCAUCACCCCUUCCAGCCUCCCCACCCCUGAGCCAAAGGGGGUCAAAAUCAUAACGGGGGCACCAUACUCCAUACCAGCCUGGGCCCUCCUGUGCCUCGAUGUGCCCAUCUGUAAAAUGGGGCAGAGCUAGGAUUCAGUGCUCCCUUUGGAAGUUGGAACUGACUCGAUGAAAGUUUUUGUUUGUUUGUUUUUUUGGUUUUGCCAAGAGGAAGGUCAUACAAGCGGUCUGCAAUCAACUAUUAAAGGUUGGCAGUACCGCAAAAGAAAAGCCUGGGGGUCUGCUUCCAUAAAAAUUACAGCUACGAACACCCUACAGAGCAGUUCUCCUCUGCAACACGUGGGGCCGCCGUGAGUCAGAAUCCACCAGAUAGCAAAGGCCUGCCCAGCCCCAAGUUGCAGCAUCGGUAAUGCAUCCCGGGCCAACUCUGUCAUGUCCCAGGCCCCUAUUCCCCAGGGCCACCCACGGCAGUGGACACCACCAGGCCUGGCCUUCCUCUCCCAGGGGGCUGCACAAACCAACACACCUACAUUUAAAAGAAGCCGUGGUGGUACCGCGGCUGGGGGAAAGAUGUUAAAUAAAUGGAGAUUUAUUUUUUUAAGCACGUCGAAACCCGUCGCCAUGGAGUCGAUUCCAACUUAGCGACCCUAUACGACAGACCAGAAUUGCCACGUAGAGUUUCCAAGGAGCCACUGGUGGAUUCGAACUCCCAACCUUUUGGUUAGCAGCUGAGCUCUUAACCUAUGCACCACCAAGGCUCCAUAAUGUCCAAAGCCCUCUGGAGAUUGAGUCACAGGGCCUUGACAAAGAGGCCGUUCUUCAGGAGCUGUGCCAUCCUGACCCAGCAUCACUACUAUAAAUGGGCUCGGGAAGCAACGAGAGAACAAGACAAUCAAGGCCCCCAAGGAUCUGCAAGGGGGUGCACCCUGACCUCCCCUACUCUGUGGAGGCAGCACGUGGCUUGACCCCAAACAUCCACACCUCGUCUAGGGUACCCUGAACUCUGCUCUGCAGGCUGCAGUCUUGCCCUCUCCAGUUGUGGCAUGGAAUCCUUUUUCUUCACUAGCUUAGAGGCCACCGCCACCAUCAUGUGGAGCCCACAAACACUGAAGGGUCCGGAGAAGCCUUAGCCACACCCCUUGGGUGCCUGGGUGGGAGGUGGCCUGGCCACCCAAUGUGAUCUUUUUUUCUGCCCCUCUCUUUAUCUUCCUCCACCCACAGAAGCCUUUCCACCUUCGAAGACCCCCAAAUGCUCCUCUAGCAGAGAUACUAGGACUCCACUGCCUUGAAGAGGAGUACCACCCAGGGGCCACUCAGCUGGGAGGUGGAGGGGCCUGGAAGAAACCAGGAAUCCAUACAAAAUCCUGUUCUGGCACCCUGGGUCCCAGUCUAUGGCUCCAAGCAGUUGGGUGAGACCUCAGGGAAAGGUGGGAACCAUGCCCUACUCUGUGACCAGCUUCUCCUCUCCUCCCUCCUGGCUCUCCAGCCCCCACCGUCUAACCCCUCAGUGUAGCUCCCCACGUCCAAAGACAGACUCAGUUCCUGUGCACAUCAGUCCAGAUCCUCACUUCAUCUUUAGGCGGCAAGUCUCCAGCCAUAAGCGGGCCGUGGACUGAGCCAAGUAACCUCCACAUCUACCCUGAAAUGCAGUAGAAAGACAACCUCGAGCCCUUUUUACAAAUAACAAAACUGAGGCCUGGGGUCAUCCCACACAAGAUCAGAGCUUGCCCCGGGUCCCCAGCCCUGCUUUCUUUCCUCUCCUGCGCCUCCAAUACCAAGCCCAGACUGGCCACCGGAGAGCACAUUCCCCGUCCCCAGGCCAAGCUCCGAGUGUGGAACAAGCCCUCAGGGUAGUGAGCGUGGGACCCACGGAGGGGGCAGAGCGAGGGAGUGAGCCACAGCCGGAGAGAAUGACCACCCAAGACGGUAGGAAAGGACCCGCACAUUCAGCAGGAAAAGGGGUAGUCCACAGGGAAACUGGUGGGGUGACCAGGACUCGCCAGGCUCCAAGCACUCGCUGCACCCCAGGCGGGGCUAUGCUGUGAUACGCUCUAGGGUGGCUUGGGCACCUCCCCGCAGCCGCGCGCACCUUCCCAGUUCCCUCCCCAGAUGAUUCUCCUCCCCAGGUGGUGGGAAAGUGCGCUAAGGUUACUUGGUGGGGACUAGAGCCCUCUAGGGUUCCCCUCUCAAGUCCUCAUCUUCCCCUGACUAAACCCCCCCACCCGUGCACCCAACUCCGCCCUCCGCCUCGCUGAACCUCAGAGCCAUAGAGAAAACGUGCCGCGUCCCCCCUGGCCCCACGCCA